AUGAAAAAACAUGAAGGCAAUGUUAAUACACUAUUGAAAUGGCGUUUGAAUUCCAAUAAGAUUUUGCCCGGUGAUUUGAUGUCUUUUAAAUCAAUCGACACUGUUAUUGAUGAAAACGAAAUCGUAAACUUUCCAACUGAAUUUUUGAAUUCUCUGGAUUUGCCAGGAAUGCCACCACACAACCUUCAAUUGAAAAUUGGUUCACCAAUUAUUCUUCUACGUAAUUUAAACCCACCUCAAUUAUGUAACGGUACACGUUUAGUCAUAAAAAAAAUGACCGAAAAUAUUCUUGAAGCAACAAUUUUGUCGGGAAAAUUUAAAGGAGAUAUCGUCCUGUUUCCACGUAUUCCACUGAUAGCGUCGGAAUCUCCAAUACCGUUUAAAAGGCUCCAAUUUUCGAUUUGUCAAGCUUUUACGAUGACUAUAAAUAAAUCUCAAGGCCAAACAAUGUCUAUUUGCGGUUUGGAUUUGGAAAACACGUGUUUCUCACACGGACAGCUAUAUGUUGCCUGCUCACGUGUAGGAAAACCAUCAAAUCUAUUCGUGUUAGCGAAAGACAGGUUAACCAGGAAUGUUGUACACAAAGUAGUACUUAGAUAA